GCACCCGCGCCCAGCGGCUGUGCGAUUGUCUUCCGCGCGGCUCGGACCCCCGGUGGAAGGAUUAAUUUUGUAAAGGGAACAGAGAAGUAGUUUUGGGCUAAAGAACGCAGUGUCCAGUGCUCCAGCUGAGGAUCUAAAGAGAAAGCCACCUUGCUGCCACUAUGCCUAACUUUUCUGGCAACUGGAAGAUCAUCCGAUCAGAAAACUUUGAGGAAUUACUCAAAGCUCUGGGGGUGAACGUGAUGCUGCGGAAGAUCGCCGUGGCUGCAGCAUCCAAGCCAACAGUAGAAAUCAAACAGGAGGGUGACUCUUUCUACAUCAAAACUUCCACCACUGUACGAACCACAGAGAUUAACUUCAAGAUUGGGGAGGAAUUCGAGGAGCAGACUGUGGAUGGGAGAGCCUGUAAGAGUUUGGUAAAAUGGGAGAGUGAAAACAAAAUGGUGUGUGAUCAGAGACUUCUGAAGGGAGAGGGCCCCAAGACCUCCUGGACCAGAGAACUGACCAAUGAUGGAGAGCUGAUCCUGACCAUGACGGCAGAGGACGUUGUGUGCACCAGGGUCUACGUCCGAGAGUGAGUGCCUAUCAGUCCAAGAGCUGCGAGAAACUUCUUCUCCUCCUUUUACGGGCCCCCUAAGCUCCCUCCCUUGUCUAUCUUACCAGCUAGCUCUCCCCUUACUCCUGAAGGUCACUCUUCCUCCCUUCCUCCAGCCUUUUGUUCUUUGCCUCUUCUGUGCCAGAGAGGAGUUGACUACAAAAGCCCUAAACCCCUUCUACCGCCUGAGCCCUCCCAGGUCAGCAGGCUCAGUUCCAUCCAGGGUCCUUCCUGGAGAAGAUUGUCUCUCUGGCCUCAGCUCUUUAUCCUUGUAGUCCGUAUAUUUAUUUGUUGAUUUUAUUAAAAUGUUUUAAAAAGUA